GUUCGCGAAACCGAGCCCCAGACAGACAGGACAGCCCCCGAUAGCCAAGUUUUGCCCUACGUAGUACGUAUCUUAUCUGGGGGUCCGUCAUCGUGCGCUGACUACUGUACAAUCGGCCUCUGUUAUCGCGGUCCCAUCGUGGCUCUUCCUUUUGCCCUCAUGGGGGGCCACGCUGCGCUCCGCAGUGCCCACUCUCCAAACCGCAUACUACGGACACACAAAGACAGGCGAAAUGCUUCCAUCUCCUUCCCCCUGAGGACUAGUUGAGAUGCAUGUCCGCCAAGCGUUUCCGGAGCCAAGAUGGAACUUGCCUGUCCGUUCUAUUGUGCCUCAUUCGGGGCUGGCGUGGUUCGGGUUGUCAGUGGUAGAAAAAGAGCCAUGUAUGACGCUGAAAAUGCCGGUCAUCCCGUACCAAGACUUACACCCAGCACGCCCUCAAUUUCGAUUAUACGAUGGGCCGCCGUGACCACGUGCCUCUUUAAAGCGACGCACCCAAAGAUCAACCCCUUUGUGGAACGACAACCAACCACACCCAGCCAGGCAGCUGCAUGCCCGCGGGCUUUGCGGUCGAAUCCUGGAGAGUCAUCGGGUUGCUCCCUCUCGUGGCGCUCAAUUGCGACUCGGGCGGCUUGCCUCGACCAGGACGCAACGUGUCGCCGUCCAAUCUCGGCAUGCAGCCUAUCGCGUCAUUGCGGUCGGGCAGCUGAUGUGAUGCAGCCAUGCAAUGCCAUGCCAGCAAGAAGUGGCACAGCAGCAGAACCGCGAGAUUGGCCCGUCUCGAGUCGGCCUCACUUGAUGGAGCGACUAGGCAAGCGAAUGUUCGGGACUCUCGAAGCCGGUCCAAGCCGGUACGAGCCAAAGCCAUUGAGGAUCCGAACGCGGGGCGGGCCCUUUUGGCGCACAGGAAUUGCCCUCAUUUAUUUGUCAAUAUGAUAAACUUUUUCG